AAAGGUAAUUGAACCAACCCUAAGCUCCUUGCUUCCUCGUUCUGAAGGUAGUUCCGAUUAUUACUAACUUAAGCAUCGGAGUGUCUACCCCGAGGACCCACCUCGGGGCUUUGCAGGUCAAUUCGGAGUACAGAUACGGACUGGAGAAGGACUUCUGGUUUGGUGCAGUUACAUUUUCGCGCCGUCUGUGGGAAUUCGAACUGAAAGCUCCCUUGUUGCUCUUAUCAUGGUUGAAACUAGGUCCGUCCGAGCUGGAAACUCAUCUCAGCCUCCUGGACGAGGAGGAGAUGAAAAUCAGCCACACAAUUCGGCUCACAAUUCGGCCUCUACUACCAACCACGACGUAGUUGCAAUUCAACUCGCUGCCAUGCAACAACAGUUUGGUGUCUUUCAACUAGUGUUGGCUCAACUAUUAGCACGGCACAAUCCUGGUGAUCCACUUCUUAACUUACUUAACCCUGCUCCACAACCUCCAGCUCCACAACAAAAUCCUGAACCAAUUCAGAUACCACAACUUGAAACUUAUGAUGGGACGAAGGACCCCGAUGAUCAUCUACAUGCUUUCUACUCUUGCAUGCAAGCCCAGAACGCCUCUGAUGCGUUGAUGUACAAAAUCUUUCCUUCUACGCUCCGAGGUAAUGCUCGAACCUGGUACUACAGUCUGCCUCCGAGGUCAAUCAGCUCUUACACAGAAAUGACAUCCGCUUUUGCCACAAAGUUUUCCAGUAGAAGGUUGAUAGGGAAAACCACUUCCGAGAUGAUGCGCGUUAGGCAGAGGGACGGAAAGUCUUUGAAGAAUUUUAUGAGCAGAUUCAAUGAUGCAGUGUUGGAAGUCAACUCUUUCGACCAGGCUGUGGGAAUUACAGCUGUGAUCUCAGGUCUUAGCCAUGAGAGAUUCAGGGAUAGCCUGCUUAAACAUCCUGCCACCACCUUCAGCAAGGAAGCGGAUGAAGACACCACAGAACUGAGGUCCGAUGCCGACUUCCAUACCGAGAUUUGGAAGGCCGAACUCCGCACCCCCAUAGCAACCUGCAGAUCACGGUCAUACAACAAGACAAUGCAACAGCUUAAGUCUCAAGGAGUUCGUCACCCGCCCAACCGGGAAGGUGUGGGUUAUCAGCAAACCCCGCCUUCGCUCCCACCACCAGCUAGAAUCAUACAUAUGAUCAUGGGAGGCCUGGAAGCCGGUGGACUAAGCUCUAAACAACGAAAGUUGUAUGUCAGAGAGGUUAAGCAUCAGAACCGAGCUCAGAAGCGGAAGUUUGACGAUGCUGAGUGGAAGAACCAACCGAUUACCUUCACACCUGCCGAUCUCGAUACAGUCGUCACACCCCACAAUGACCCCCUUGUCACUUCUGUCACGAUUAACAAUUGUGAGGUGCAGCGCGUCCUUGUUGACAAAGGGAGUGCACCAGAUAUCAUGUACUUCCAUUGUUUCGAAAGUCUUGGGUUGGAUUCGGCUUUGUUGCAGCGGUAUGAUGGUCCCAUCUACGGAUUCAACAACCAGCCAGUCCCAAUUGAAGGAGUCCUCACCAUGAAUGUUGCAUUUGGAAGUGGCCGCAAUUACGUAACCCCUCCAGUUAGGUUUCUGGUAGUCAAGAUGGCGUCCUCUUUCAACGUUGUCAUUGGCCGACCUAUACUGACUGAAAUCCGAGCUGUGGUUUCCCAGUCUCACCUAUGCAUGAAAUUCCCAACUCCUACAAGAAUAGCAACGCUGCGAGGCAAUCAGGAGGUGGCCCGACAUUGUUAUAUCACCUCGGUCACACAACCUCAGAAGGGCAAAGAUCAGCCACCCGAGGUCAAUCCCAAACGGAUUCCUGACAAUUGGCAAGUUAUGGGUGUAGAAAUCGUAGAUAACCGACCAGAAGAUGAAACCAGGGCUGCUCCAGUCGAAAAAGUGGAAGAGGACUGUUAUCCAAUGCCAAACAUUGAUAAGCUGGUUGAGGCAGCUUCGGGAAAUGAGAGAUUGAGUCUCUUGGAUGCAUAUUCAGGAUAUCACCAGGUGCCAAUGGCUCCCGAGGAUGAAGAAAAAAUCUCGUUCUAUGCCGGUGAUGAGAUCUAUUGCUAUGUCAUGAUGCCCUUCGGCUUGAAGAACGCAGUGGUGAAGAGUUUAAAAGCUGAGGAUCACUUAGCUGACCUCGAGGAGACAUUCAACAAUCUCAGGAAGAAUAGAAUGAGGUUAAACCCAGCAAAGUGCAUCUUCGGUGUGGAGUCGGGAAAAGUUCUAGGCUUCAUGGUAUCCAGAAGGGGGGUUGAGGUCAACCCUGAGAAGAUCAAAGCAGUAGCCGAGAUGGAGCCACCGAAGUCGGUAAAAGAUGUACAGAGGUUGACGGGGAGAGUAGCAGCUCUGCAUAGAUUCAUUUCAAAAUCAGCGGAUAAAUGCUUGCCGUUCUUCAAGAUUAUGAGAUUGGCAGCCCAAAAGGAUGAAUCUGGCAAACAAAAAAAGUUUGAAUGGAAUCCAGAAUGCCAAGAUGCAUUUGACGAGCUGAAGUCUUAUCUUAGCUCGCCUCCUUUGUUGACAAAGGCCAAGGAUGGAGAAAUCCUUUACUUGUACCUUGGCAUAUCAGAUGAAGCUAUCAGUUCUGUGCUAAUAAGGGAGGAGGGGAAACAACAGAAACCAGUUUACUACAUCAAUAGUGUGUUACAUGGAGCUGAAGUCAGAUAUUCCAUUGCUGAGAAAGCAGCCUUAGCAGUUGUCACUUCGGCCAGGAAACUGAGACCGUACUUUCAAUCACACCCAAUCAUAGUCCUCACGGAUCAACCGCUCAGACAAAUUUUGCAUAAGCCAAAAUGUUCAGGGAGAUUGAUCAAAUGGGCUGUUGAACUGGGAGAAUUCGAGCUCACAUUUCAGCAGAGGUCAGCAAUCCGAGCUCAGGCUCUUGCCGAUUUCAUAGUAGAAUGUACCUCGAUUCAUUCUGAUUCCCAGUUCGAGGUGGACAGUUGGAUUUUGUAUGUUGAUGGCGCAUCAAGUAACAAAGGUUCUGGCGCUGGUGCACUCUUACUUGGCCCAGAGGGGUAUCGAAGCGAACACGCUCUAAAAUUUAAUUUUGAUGCCACCAACAAUAUGGCCGAAUACGAAGCCCUGCUCCUCAGCUUACAGCUAGCGACAGAAUUGAAGGUUGAAGCAAUACAAAUAUAUAGUGAUUCACAGCUAGUAGUCAAUCAGAAAUUCCAUUUAAGCAAAAUCCCUCGAGCUGAGAAUGAGCAAGCAGACUCCCUCUCCAAGUUUGUUUCGGAUGGCAACCAAAGCUCCAGAUCGGUCUUUGUAGAAAUUCUGGACGAGCCUAGCUUCGUGAAGCCACAAGUGAUGAAGAUCAGCACAGAUCCUAGCUCGUUGAGCUGGACAAAUCCAAUUAUCUCAUUUCUACGAGAUGGCACAGUGCCUACAGAUAAACCGGAAGAGAUGAGGUGUCAGAAGUGUCAGUUCUUCGCACAUCUAAUCCACCAGCCUGCAGAAGAGCUCACUACUUUGGUGGCACCUUGGCCAUUUGCUCAGUGGGGUCUUGACCUUUUAGGUCCAUUUAUGAAGGGGGUAAGAGGUGUAACCCAUCUCAUCGUUGGUGUGGAUUAUUUCACAAAAUGGGUCGAAGCUCGGGCACUAUCCAAUCUUACCUCCAAGAAGGUCGAAGACUUUGUUUUCAGCUCGAUUAUUUGCAGAUAUGGGAUCCCGAAUCAGAUUGUAGCUGAUAAUGGAACCCAGUUCAAUUGCUCCUCAUUCCGAGAUUUCUGUUCCAGUUACGGGAUUAAACUGCAGUUCACCUCGGUUUACCAUCCUGAGUCCAACGGCAUGGUCGAAUCUGUUAACAAAUGCAUCUUAGAAGGUAUCGAGCCGAGGUUGGAACAACACGAGGCCAAAUGGGCAGACAAGCUCAACAACGUCCUCUGGGCAUACAAAACUACGAGCUGAACUGCUACAGGUAUUACUUUACACCUGGUCUACUUGAUUAAUUUUAUGUCAUUUUACUUCUUUUACUACGGUUUUACCAUUAGAGCAAAUAUACAUAACGCGUAAAG